ACUUGGCAGAGACGUGUCUUUCAGUCAGAGCAUCCUUCCGCUAUGGCGUCUGUUUGGGCUAAAUCCCUCUAUAACCUGCCGGCCCUGUCUGUUUUCGUCCUCUUGCUGAUAUGUCUGCCACCCGGGGGAGGACAAAAGAAGAAGGAGAACAUGCUGUCAGAGAAGGUUGACCAGAUGAUGGAGUGGUCCUCUCGGCGUUCGGUCGUCCGGAUGAACGGGGACAAAUUCCGUCGCUUCGUCAAGGCCCCACCCAGGAACUACUCCGUCAUCGUCAUGUUCACCGCCCUGCAGCCUCAGAGGCAGUGUUCGGUCUGCAGGCAGGCGAACGAGGAGUACCAGGUCCUGGCCAACUCGUGGCGUUACUCAUCGGCAUUCUCCAACAAGCUCUUCUUCACCGUAGUGGACUACGAUGAGGGAGCUGAUGUUUUCCAACAGUUGAACAUGAACAGUGCUCCGACCUUCAUGCAUUUCCCGGCCAAGGGAAAGCCCAAGAGAGCCGAUACCUUUGACCUGCAAAGGAUCGGCUUUGCUUCAGAGCAGCUGGCCAAGUGGAUCGCCGACCGCACGGAUGUUCAGAUCCGUGUCUUCCGCCCUCCUAAUUAUUCAGGCACCAUUGCUUUGGCUCUGCUGGUGUCCCUCGUUGGAGGUCUGUUGUAUCUGAGGAGGAACAACUUGGAAUUCAUAUACAACAAGACUGGAUGGGCUAUGGCUGCACUGUGUGUCGUUUUUGCGAUGACGUCUGGUCAGAUGUGGAAUCACAUCAGAGGUCCUCCCUACGCCCACAAAAAUCCCCAGAAUGGACAAGUGAGUUACAUUCACGGCAGCAGCCAGGCUCAGUUUGUGGCCGAGUCUCACAUCAUCCUUCUUCUGAAUGCUGCAAUCACCAUGGGGAUGGUGCUGCUAAAUGAGGCUGCCACCUCCAAGGGAGAUGUUGGCAAGAGGAGAAUCAUCUGCCUGGUUGGCCUUGGCCUCGUGGUGUUUUUCUUCAGCUUCCUGCUUUCCAUUUUCCGGUCCAAGUACCAUGGAUACCCCUACAGCUUCCUUAUUAAGUGACAAAAAAGACAGAAGAGGAUGGAUGUGGACAGCAACAAAGCGAUGUGAGGUCACAAGAAGUAAACAAGACACUUGAACAUUGAGUGUAGCGUGCACGGUGGGCUUUCUUUUUGUGUGUGUUUUUUUUUUUUAAUCGAUUCUUAUCCCAAACUGCUAGUUGAAUAGAGAAUAAAUUAUUCCUUCCUACACUGGAAAAUAAAAGUGUUUGGCAUGUU